UUUUCAUUGAAUGUCAAGAGCUCAACCCAAGUUCCAAAAAUGGCUUCCAGAUCCCUCAAUUCCAACAAAAAACUCUUCACUCUCUCCCUAAUACUUCUCUCUUCAUCAUUGAUAAUUCUUGUUAUAUUUUUCGGAUCAAAAUAUAAUGUUGUCGAUAUACUUAAACUCGAGACAGAUCAGCCUCAAGUGUUCAAAAAUCCUAGGUGGUUUGAUCUUAUUGAAGAAGAGAUUAAUGGUAAGAAGAAGAUUAAGGUUGGUUUAGUUAAUGUUAAUGAUGAAGAGAGUGAAUAUAAAAUGCAUGGUUCAGUUGUUAGUACUGUUCACGUGCAUUUUAGUCACGUGUCUAAGGAAAGAAAAUGGGAGGAUUUUUUCCCGGAAUGGAUUGCUGAAGACCAGAACUAUGACCUGCCGACGUGUCCGGAGAUUCCCAUGCCACGGCUGAGGGAUUACCGGGACCUCGACAUCGUGGUGGCUAGGGUACCAUGUGAAGGGUGGACAGGUAAGGCAGGGUUGAGGGAUGUGUUUAGGUUACAAGUUAAUUUGGUGGUGGCUAAUCUUUUGGUAGAGAGUGGUUGGCUCACGCCUGAUGUUCACCAGACUGUGUAUGCGGUGUUCAUCGGCGAUUGUGGGCCUAUGCCGGAGCUAUUCAGAUGUGAUGAUCUGUUGAGGAAGGUUGGGGACCACUGGGUGUAUAAGCCUGAGCUGAGAAGGCUGAAACAAAAGGUGCUCAUGCCUCUAGGGUCAUGCCAAAUUGCUCAGCCAUAUGGAAAAACAGGUAAAGAGGCUUGGAGAUAUUAUUCCGCAGACCAUGCAAGGCUAAAAAAGCUGAAAUACAGCUCAUUCCAUCAAAGGGAGGCCUAUGUAACAGUUCUCCACUCCUCCGAAGCUUAUGUUUGCGGUGCAAUAGCUUUGGCACAAAGUAUUAUUCAGUCAAAUUCUACCAGAGACUUGCUUCUUCUCCAUGAUGAAAACAUAUCCCCCAAGUCCUUAACAGGGCUAAGAUUUGCAGGGUGGAAAACAAGGCAAAUCGAACGUAUCCGAAGCCACUUUGCCAUGAAAGAUUCAUACAAUGAAUGGAAUUACAGCAAGCUUAGAAUAUGGAUGCUAACAUGGUAUGACAAAGUGAUUUUUAUUGAUUCAGAUGUUCUGGUUUUUGAAAACAUGGAUAGUCUAUUCGUUUAUCCUCAAUUAUCAGCUGCUGCCAAUGAUAAAACUUUGUUCAAUUCGGGGGUCAUGGUGAUUGAGCCAUCAUUGUGUAUGUUUGAAGACUUGAUGCUGAAAAGUUUCAAGGUGGAGUCGUACAAUGGAGGGGAUCAAGGAUUUCUCAAUGAAGUUUUUACCUGGUGGCACAGGUUGCCGUCCAAGGUGAAUUUCCUCAAGAUUUUUAAUGGGAACAAAAGUGAAAAGAUCCCUGAUGAUCUUUCUGCAAUACAUUAUCUGGGGCUGAAGCCAUGGAUGUGUUACAGGGAUUAUGAUUGUAACUGGGACAUGAAAGCAAGACAGGUUUUUGCUAACGAUAAAGCCCAUGAGAAAUGGUGGCAAGUCUAUGAUGCAAUGCCAGAGAAAUUGCAGCAAUAUUGUGGGCUGACUGAGCACAUGAAUUGGAGGAUAAACAAGUGGAGAAGGAUUGCUAGAAAUCUCAGGCUCCCUGAUGAACAUUGGAACAUUGCUGUAACAGAUCCUAGACAGUACAAUCUUGUUCAAUAAAAGGGGUGCCAAAUUCUUGAAGGGAAUAUCAGAAUUUAUGUCAUUUUGUAAUG